AUGGGCAUCCAUGCUGUUAGCGUCAUGCUAGAGGCUCUCAAUAGAGAUGCCCAACAUGCUACUAUCGCCAAGUUCAUUCAAAAUGAACUUGACGCAGAACGCGAGAAAGUAGCCUUGCUUCACCAACAAGGUUCUCAACAAGCAGAGUUGUUGAGAGAACAAGGUGCUCAACAGUUUGAACUGUUGAGACAGCAGCAGGCUGCUGCUGGCGGGUCGAUGCACUCGCGUCGGCCCGAGACUUUGAAGAUUGACAUCUCAAAGUAUAGGGGGUCGAAGAAGACUCCCUCUUGA